GAAGAGUAUAAUUUACUAAAAACUACUCCGUAUUUGAUGAAGUGUGGAAAGGAGAAAACGAGAAGAAACAAAAAUGUCGUCGUUUCAGCUCCACCUUGCCCGGUACGGCCACUUACCAUCUUCUCUCCCAAAUCUUUCACCACUUGCGACCUUUUCAAAGUUUCAUCACUCACUUGCAGCCCCAAGACAGAAGAAUGGUUGCACGAAAGGGAUAUCGCCGGCGAGCGCAAAGCGGCGGGCGAUGUCAUCAAGCAAGAUUACCUUCCAUCGUGCAAUUUCAGCCUCGCUCGAUUUAACUGAAGACAAUAUCAAGCAGGUCUUGGUUGAAGCUCGGACAGAGCUUUCUCAACUGUUUGAUAUCUCAGUUGGGAUUACAGGAAAAGUAGAACUGGCAGAAGUAGAUGGACCGUACGUGAAGAUUAGUCUGAGUGGCAAGUUUUGGCAUAAACGUUCCACUGUUGUAGCUAGGAUUGGAAAUUACCUAAAGCAAAGAAUCCCUGAAAUCCUAGAGGUUGAUAUAGAAGAUGAGCAGCAGUUGGAUGAUAGCCCUGAAAACUUCUGAGUCUCUUUGAGCUGAGGCAGCACUGACCCUUCCCAGUGGCUUCCCAUCAAACUGAACCACCCACUUGAGCUUCCAAAGCUUUGAAAUAUUUUCCAAUUGUUAUAUCAUCGUCAUAUUUUACUGUGUUUAAGGACAUCACAACAUUAGUAGGGUUUUGGCCUCCCCACCUAAGAGACAGACCACCGGGUACCUCAUUUUCGCUUCAUGGCAUGCUUUGGAGUGGGCUGUGGAGUAGUUCAUAGGGCAGGAGGCGAGAAUCUACUUUUGGAGCAAGUACAAUAGUAGCCGUGGACUUAUGUAAUUAGAGUAUCAUCGAUGAACUCUUCUUAUCUUAGGUAAACAGGUCGAGCAGAAUAUUGAAUGUAACAAGGCAAGUGUGAAGAUACCUAAUGUUGCAUUGAUUGUCCACUCUCAGUUCCUCAUGGUUAUUAUCAAACAUGUUUGGAGAUUGUAAAGGCUGGUUAUUACUCCCGCCGUCCCGCAAAAUAGUUCCCGGUUAUCUUUUUGGGCCGUCCCAAAAAACAGUUCUCAUUCCCCUUUUUGGAAAGUUUUGUAUGACUCACAUUCAUUUACCUUUUCUUACUCAACCAUAAUCAUACAUUUCCAUUUUAUUCUCA